GGAGGGAGCUGGCGGGCGGGCCAGGCCCGCCUACCUGCGGAGCGGCGCCCAGCCGAGCGGAGCGGAGCGCGGCGGGAGCCCGCAGGGCCGGUGUCUCGAGGGAACAACAAAUCUUUUCAAGUUCACGACAUCUUAGACUAAGAAACUUUCAACUGUGCUGAAAAACUUAGGAGAUGGACACAUUUUCCUUCCCUCUCAUUUAAAAGGUUUUAAAGAAGAAAUAAAAUGGCAGAGGUUUAAAGUUAAUAUUUCAGGAUGAAUGAUGAUAAUUCAGAUGACAAGACAGAAGAUGAACUGCAGUCCUUAUUUAUCAGUGAUGAAAAUGGAAGCACGUAUGCAUACAACCAAAAAUCUCCGUGUACCCAAAACUCUUCAACCAAUAACGUGAGUUGGAAUUCUGCCAACCCAGAUGACAUGGUGGUUGAUUAUGAAACCAACUCUGCUGUGGUCUUUGGUGAAAAUAUUUCUUUAAACCCUCAGUGUGUUGAAGUACUUGAACACCAAAAGUCUUCAAGUGAUUUUGUUAGUAAGGAGGUGUUAGAUAUGCACAAGGAUUCCACAUGUCUGUCUUUUACACAUGUUGUAAAUACAGAGGAACCCAAAGAUUUGCAUAACAGUUGUCAUUCCCUAGAAUCAUUUCAGGACCAGAGCGCUGAGACAUCUCUGCCUUUUGUGUGGAAUCCUAGCGAUGAUGAUUUGAACUGUACAGAAAACCCUACUGCCUUGGCGCUAAACCAGACAUUUGACAUGAAAGUGGAUAAUGUUAACUGUACCUUCAUAACACAUGACACUACUGGAAAGAGUCAGUCUUUGCCUACCACUGCAAGCCUGCAGCCAACCAGCAUGAGAAGUAGAAAUACAUCUUUAUCCUGUUCCAUUCCUCCAUCUUCCCAUUCUGAUAAGAUAUAUGUGAGAGAAAUGAGUUAUGGUAGAGACAGCUUCGAAAACCCUCCAGCUACAGCAUCACAGGCCCGAGACACAACUUACACAGCAUUUUCUGACAUGGUGAUGCAAACUGAUGUUGUUCUUCCAGAUACUGAAAAUCACUGUCACUGUUCUUCGGGAAAGGUCACCAGUGAGUACCCAGAUGGGGCACAGCAGAGACUAGGCAGAAAAAAGGAGAUACAAGCUCUAACACCAGUUUCUGAUGGCAUGGAUGUUCCCAAUGGGUCUGUAUUACAAGAGUUCUUUUGUUCAUCUAAAGAUGAACCAAAUAGUGAGAGACAUUCACAGAGCUCAUAUGGGCAAAAGGAAAUGGGCCAAAAUGUAAGAGAAACAGUGUCCAAUUGUCUUAUAGAUGAUGAAUGCCCUUUACUGGUGCCAGCUUUUGAUAAAAGCAAAACCCAAGUGCUGGACCCAGAACAUCAAGUCACUGUGGCUAAAGACACACCCGUUGCCUCUAAUGAAAAGGAUUUGGGAACCCGAAAUCAUACCAUAGAAUUGAUACCGAAUAGCCCGCCAGGACAAAAGGUGGCUUCAUCAUUUGAACUGACUUGGGAUGCAGAUGAUAUGGUCAUUAGUACAAAUAACAUAGUUUGCAUGUCCACACCAGUCCUAGAACCCACAAACGCAACCUUUUCUAUCUCACCUAUUGAAGGAACGGAGAAAUGGAGUAAAGUGCAGAAGAGUAAUCGAGAGCUUAGACGUUUACCAAACUUGAAGGGGGCACCAAUGAACAUGUCUAAAGCUAAUCUAGGAAAAUCAGCCAUCAAAACGAAUAGCCCCCUAGGCAGCAAAGUUAGAAAAACUGAAAUUAUAAGUUACCCAAGACCAAACUUCAAGAAUGUCAAAGCGAAAGUUGUAUCCAGACCAGUGCUACAGUCCAAGGACCCUGCUCUAUCAAAGACUGCACCCCGACCUCAGUUAACUGGGGCCUCAUCACCCUCAUCAGUGUCUUCCUCAAGACCGUCGACAGCUUUGAGGAAAACACCAACAUCUGACUUGAAUGCAGACACAAAAGCAGAAAUCCUAAUUAACAAGACACAUAAGCAGCAAUUUAAUAAACUCAUUACGAGCCAGGCUGUUCAUGUUACAGCUCAUUCUAAAAAUGCUUCACACAAAGUUCCAAGAACAACAUCUGCCAUGAAAUCGAAUCAGGAGGAUGUUGACAAAGCAAGUUCUUCCAAUUCAGCAUGUGAGACUGGGUCCGUGGCUGCGGUUUUUCAGAAGAUCAAAGGUGAACUCCCUAUUAAAAUGGAAAGCACAGAAUGUUUGCAAAUGUCCUAUACUUCCAGCAUCGAUAGGAUUAGCCCUGAAAACAAGGGUGAAAAAGAAAAUGGGACACCGAUGGCAAAACAAGAGCUAAAAAAGGAAAUUAUGAAUGAGACCUUUGACUAUGGUUCUCUGUUUUUGGGUUCUGCUUCAAAAACUGCAACCAUCUCAGGUAGGAGUCUAGCCAAGCCCAACUGCUCCAUUUUGAGGAAAACACCUGGUCCGAAAGCCAAAGUGGGACCUUCUGUUUCCUGUUUGAGGCGGAAUAGUGACAGUAGAAAUCUCAACUCUGAUCGAGCCGUAUCUCCCCAGAGGAUAAGGCGUGUGUCCGGUUCUGGAAAAACUGCAUCCUUGAAAACUGCACCGCCGUCUUGGGUGAAUUUGCCUAGACCACUUCCUAAAUCCAAAGCAUCUCUGAAAAGUUCUGCGCUGCGGAGGACAGGAAGCACCUCCUCUGUUGCCAGCACCCACACUGAUCUGAGCACUUACAGCAAUAACUCUGGUAAUAACGCUGUCAUCAAAUAUGAGGAAAAACCUCCAAAACCAGCAUUUCAGAAUGGUUCCUCAGGGUCCUUAUAUUUGAAGCCUUUGGUACCCCGAGCCCAUGCGCACUUACUAAAGACUCCUCCAAAAGGUCCUUCAAGAAAAGGUCUAUAUACAGCUUUGAAUGCGGUUGAAAAGGGCAGACAGAAGAGUCCCAGAAGUUUAUGUAUCCAGACCCAGACAUCUCCAGAUGUGCUCUCCUCAGAAAAAACACUUGAGUUGGCUCAGUAUAAAACAAAAUGUGAAAACCAAAGUGGAUUUAUCUUGCAGCUCAAGCAGCUUCUUUCCCUUGGUAAUACCAAGUUUGAAGCAUUAACAGUUGUGAUUCAGCACCUACUGUCUGAGCGGGAGGAAGCACUGAAACAACACAAAACCCUAUCUCAAGAACUUGUUAACCUCCGGGGAGAGCUAGUCACUGCUUCAACCACCUGUGAGAAGUUAGAAAAAGCCAGGAAUGAGUUGCAAAUAGCUUAUGAAGGAUUUGUCCAGAAGCUAAACCAGCAGCACCAGACUGAUCUAACAGAGCUGGAGAAUCGGCUUAAAGAAUUUUACACCGGGGAGUGUGAAAAGCUUCAGAAUAUCUACAUCGAAGAAGCAGAGAAGUACAAAACUCAGUUACAGGAGCAGUUUGACAACUUAAGUGCUGCCCAUGAAACCUCAAAGCUGGAAAUUGAAGCGAGCCACUCAGAGAAAAUAGACUUGCUAAAGAAGGCCUAUGAAACCUCCCUUUCAGAGAUCAAGAAAAGCCAUGAAAUGGAAAAGAAAUCACUUGAGGAUUUGCUUUACGAGAAGCAGGAAUCACUAGAGAAACAAAUCAGUGGUUUGAAGAGUGAAAAUGACACUUUAAAUGAAAAGUUGAAAUCAGAAGAACAAAAAAGAAUAUCAAGAGAGAAAGCAAAUUUAAAAAACCCUCAGAUCAUGUAUCUGGAGCAAGAGUUAGAAAGCCUGGAAGCUGUUUUAGAGAUCAAGAAUGAGAAGCUGCACCAGCAGGAUAUCAAGUUAAUGCAAAUGGAGAAACUGGUGGACAACAACACAGCACUGGUGGACAAACUGAAGCGAUUCCAGCAGGAGAAUGAAGAAUUAAAAGCUCGGAUGGACAAGCACAUGGCAAUUUCAAGGCAACUUUCCACAGAGCAGGCCGUCUUGCAGGAGUCGCUGGAGAAGGAGUCCAAAGUCAACAAACGCCUCUCCAUGGAGAACGAGGAGCUGCUGUGGAAGCUGCACAACGGGGACCUGUGCAGCCCCAAGAGGUCCCCCACGUCACCCGCCAUCCCCUUCCAGUCGCCGCGGAACUCCGGCUCCUUCCCCAGCCCCAGCAUCUCGCCCAGAUGACCUUCCUGGGAGCUGGAGACAGACUGCGUUUCUGCAGUACUGACCCACCCACAAUCGUGGGGGAUGGCGGAGCUGGAGCCACCUUCGCUGACACGCACAGCCUGCCCUAGAACUGGAAAGUCAUGGCCCGAACCGGCCCCUUCCAGACAAGACCAGAACUCUGGAGGAAGGCUUCCGACUCGGUCCAGGAGACUCCUCCCCAAACGAUGCUGUCGGAAUGGAUCUACAUGGACGCUGUUGCACAAAGCACUUACGGAACGAGAAGAUCUUGUUCGUUGCCUUUUUCACCUACGCAUAAAGGGGAAAACUCUCAGGGGCCUGUUAAGAUAAAGAUUUAUAUAACCUUUGUAACGUUCUUCACCACAGACACCUUCUUGUGAUUUACAUUUUGGUCUGACUGGGGAUGUGUGAAUGAAGUGGAUGUAACCGAGUGUCACGUGUCUGAUGCUGCCUCCUUUGCUGAGUCUGUCUGGAGAUGUGCUAAUCAAAUAAUAGUCAGUGUAUGCAUCUCUGCAAAAGCCAUAGAAGAGCGAGCAAUAGUUGCUAGAACUAGGAUUCUUUACCACCAACCCCGCUCAGCUCUUUGCCAUGGGGGGAGAGGGAGAGACAGAAGGAGCUCUGACUUGCCCACAUCUGUUCAUGCUUCGCAUCCUUUUGGAGUAAUUGUUGGCAGCCUUUCAGUGUUCAGCCAUGUCAGUUGAAACUAGCUAGAUUUUUUUUAAACUUACGCAUGUGGACGUAAAAUACUACAAUCCAUUUUCUCAGGCUAUGAGCAAAUGUAGACCCCUAAUAUUGCUGGAAAAAAAAAUGUGUAUAAAGAAAGGGCAGUACCAACGGAUCGCUUUCUGUCUUAUUUUUAUCUUGAUCUGAGCUAUCCUCAGUGAUUUCAACUGGCUGCUUCUCUCCCACUAUCCCCAUUCCCCACUUUCCUUUCUCCCCCAUCCAGAGCCACAAAAGCAAACCUUCUACCUCCUUCGUACUUUUCUCUGGGACAAGGAAUAUGCUUUUCCAGAGCCAGCUCAUCUUCAAGGUGCUGAACCACUUUCCAAAUAAACCAAGGCCUGGAUCCGAUAGUAUAAAUUUGGGGAAAUCCUAGAGAGAUCAAAGAAUGAAAAAGAGUCAUUGGCUAGCAGAACUAAAAGAUAGGACUCAGUGCUUAUGGAUGAAUAGGAGCACCUUGAUAAUAGAACAAAACAGUCUCUGGAGGUAAUGCUAAACUUCCACGUACCUUUGAGGAAUCCUUCUGUCCUUGGGACGGUAGCAGAAUGACCAGCUGAUGAGAGAAGAAUGUGGCUUGUACAAUUCUUCUCCAAUUUGCAUUUCAGUUUCUUUUCAAAACUUCACUUAUUACCACCCCCACUUCUAAUACUUUGGGGGAGGUGGAAGGAAGAACUGUGGCUUUUUUCUCUGUCUCCCUGCAUGUGUCAAGUUUGGGCUGUCAGUAUCUACUAAUGAGCAUUACUGAUGUUCAAUGGCUGUACAAAUAAGCCCUAUAGUAAGAACAGAUUCAGGCUACUAGAGGUGGACCUUUGAGUUGACAUUUACAUAUACACUACAAAGCAGAUUGAUAUUCAUGAUGCAUGUUUUUUUUGUUUUUGUUUUACUAGUGAUUGUGUCUGAAGUUUUUAACCUCCAGCCGUUGAUUAUGUGUGUAAACUUCCAUGUUUGUUUCUGAUAAAUGGGAACGUAGGUUCACUGCCACCCCCUGGAAUCUCUCUGCUCACCUUUCCAAGUUGUUCUCAGUGUCCUUAGCCAAAGUUGGGUUUGCCAUCCAGUCCCUGCACAAGGUAAAUCUCGUGCUUUUCCCUGCUGUCCUCCAUGCCAUUUAGGUGUCUGCCGAAAUGAUCCUUACACAAUUAAUAUAAAAUGUCUUCAGAGAAUGGGAGACAACAGGAGAGAAGAUGAUAGGAAACAAAACACGGAACUGUAAAAUUAUCUUCAAACCAAAUGUCAUCACUUAGGAUGCAAAAUGUUGGCACGUCAUAAAAAUACGGAUGUGUAAACAACUGUAGUUGUGCUCAGUUUGUAGUGAUGGAAAGUGUUUUACUUUGAUCAAAUAAAUAAUGCUGGAAUAUUCAAUAGAAGAAUUGCAUCCUCUGACGUACUUCACUCUCCAAAGUGUUACCCAGUUUAUAGCAGCAUAGGAAUUGAUAUCGUGUCUCCUUCUUAACCUAUUUCCCAGGAAUUUCCAAUGAAACCACAAAAUUGGUCAUGGGCUGAAAUUUGGCUCACAGAGCUAGACUUAGAGGUUUUCUUUUCUAAAUUCAAAGCUAUGUGUAUUUGAGAAAUAAAUUUUUACUGGUUUUAAUAAUAAGUUCUGCUGUAUAAGGUAAGAAAAUUGGAACAGCUACAG